AUGCAAGAUCAUGAAAAUUUAAAAAACGAGAAAAUGGUUGCAAUGAUCGGAUUUGAUCCUGUAGAAUAUUAUUUGGAUGAAUUGAGGAAAUUAUAUUCUGAUGUAGCUUUAUUCUUUCAUGAUAAGCACGGUGGAACAAUUAUUGGAGUUGUCUGGAUACCGACAAACUUUACUCCCAGACCAUGGAAAGCUAGCUCUGAAAUAAACAGCGUUUUGGUGUCGAAAAUUGAAGACCGAAAAGGCAGUGAAUAUGAUACGAAUAAUAGCAAUAAUUUACGAGAUCAAAAUAUAAUAUUGAAUACCAAAGCAAUAGUUUUAGAAAUUGAAAGGUUAGGUGAGGGAUUGGUUACAGGGAUUGAA